AUGGAGGUUAGGAGUAAUACCUUCUCUCAUAGGAUUACGGACGACGAUGUGAAAAACACGAUCCCAGACAUAUCUCAACGCAAAGAGUCGGUGGUCGAGCAAUGUUAUAAUGUCUGCCGAAAUUUCGGAGAGUUGGACUGGGAAGAAAAUCUCUACGCACCAGGGUUGUCGCACUGCAACCACGACCCAUUAACUGGUUAUCUCAGAAACGUCAGAAACAAUCAAAGCUUCCAUAAUUCAUUCGGUAACAACGCGAUGAUUCAAAAUCCAUUGGCCCAAUCACAUGGCUGGAUGUAUAGCUCGAACGGCAUGCAGACCAACGGCAUGCACAACAAUACCAACCAGAACUCUCGGCAAAGCAGUUUCAAUAGCUACCAGAGCGGUCCGAACGGUGGGAACCAGAAUUUCAAUCAAGGGAACAAGAGGCCAAGAGGCGGGUAUAAAGGCAGCAAUUAUUCGGAUAAUUUUGUUGGCAGGUCUGAUGGCGGACAGUCCAGCGGAAGGAAGAAUAAUCAGAACAAGUAG